AUGGAGGUGAAUCAGGACGGAGACAUGGGAUGGACCCAGACUAGAGUCAUUGAGCUUGAGAAGCUGCUUCCUGUCGACGCCGACUCCAUCUUUUGUAGUUUCCUUGGCUUUGCUCCUGUUGUUGGUGUCUUUUUUGUGGCGACGUAUGAUGAUGGAUUAUUCAGUUUGGAUCUUAAGUCUGGUCGGGUGAGGAAGGUAUACGAGGAGGAAUGUGAUGCAUUUGACUACCUCGGUCGUGUUCCCUGUGUUGUGUUGUUCCCUACACGGGCUUCUGCACUCCAGGCUGUCACCGCUACUAGCACAAAGAAACCUGACCUCUUCUUCGGUGAGAUCCAUUCACAGAACAAGAACUUGACCGUAGAUGUCAAAGGGAACUCAGAGUUAAAUACAAGGUUCAACUCAUCUGAUCCAUUUGCUGCUGCUUGCAUACUAUUGAAUCAAUGA